AUGCAUCCGUUCACCGGGACUUCGGUUUGCCCCAAAUGUCUGAAAGCCGUAUAUGCUGCUGAGCAGGUAAUGGGCCCAGGACGAAUGUUGUACCAUAAACCAUGUCUGGCCUGCACGAUGUGUAAUAAGAGGUUAGAUUCCCUCACCCUGCUGGAACAUAAUCAUAAACCAUACUGUAAACUUUGCCAUGUGAAGCAUUUUGGAACGAAGGACCUUCGUCAGGCGAACCUACCUUACAUGCCGGCGGACUCGUCACAGCCACCACCACUUCCCCCAUCGCCAAUGAAGAGCCUACAUGCACAACCCUCAAGCGGCGCAAGCUUAGCAAACCCUUCCGACUCUCCAAUCGUUCAAGUAGAUGGAUCCCCCACAUCCCAAACACUGUCCCUUGAGCAAGAGCAAGCGGCAGAAGAAGACGAGGAACGAGAUACUGUUCCACCCGUUUUACCGUCGCGUUCUACCGCCAAUCUGUCUAGAACACCGGCCAUCGCUAGCAGCACCGUCAGUGCGACGGCUCAGGCGCCCAUACGUACUAUGACCACAGGUGGCUUCCCCACUCCGCAUCGUUUCAAGCAUCGUUUCUCCUCGAGCUUAGACUCCUCCGCCAACAAUCGUUUCAAUGCAGCUACCAUGGGCCGCUCACAUACCGCAACGGGGGUUCCAAUGAGCGACGAUGCUAGUCAGAGCGUGCGCCCGUUGGUGCAGACUGCUACAGGUGGAGUCGCGUAUCCGUUAGUCCCAACGGCUACUGGAACGAGAUACGGCAUAGCUCUCGGGGGGAGUGUAGGUGUCAAUACGACCGGGUCGCCGAAUAAGAGGUGGAGCAUGGGAACCAAUCCAACUUGUCCGAAAUGUAGUAAAAUGGUAUAUUUCGCCGAGCAGGUUAAAGCGAUAGGCAAGACAUAUCAUAAAGGCUGUCUACGAUGCACGCAAUGCAACACGUCUUUGGAUUCGACUCGUCUCACAGAGAACGACGGAGAACCAUUUUGUAGGCAGUGUUAUGGCAAGAUACAUGGCCCACGAGGAGGCGGAUAUGCCCUCCUCGGCAAAGCAGGCGGUUGA